AUGUCCAAGACUAAUGAGUGUGAGUCUUUUCAGAGGUCAGGUUCAGAUUUCGUUGUAAAUGGAAAAUGGAAACUUGUCAGGAAGAUUGGUAGCGGAUCCUUCGGCGAAAUAUUCCUUGGAGUAAACAUUGAAACCGGUGAAGAGGUUGCCGUAAAACUUGAGAAGGUUUCAGCCAGGCAUCCACAGUUGUUUUUUGAGAGCAAGGUGUAUCGAGUUCUCUCAGAUACACCUGGCCUUCCUCAUAUACAAUAUUACGGCUUUGAUGGCGUUAAUAAUGCUUACCAUGCUCUAGUAAUGGAUUUGCUAGGGCCAAGUCUGGAGGACCUUUUCAACUUUUGUGGGAGGUGCUUUACAAUGAAAACGGUUUUAAUGCUUGUGGACCAGAUGCUUUGGCGGCUGGAGUUUAUACAUGCACGCUCCUUCAUUCAUCGGGAUAUCAAACCUGACAAUUUUCUGAUGGGCAUAGGGAAACACUGUAACAAGUUAUUCAUCAUAGACUUUGGUUUGGCCAAGAAGUAUAGGGACGUUCGAUCACAUCGUCACAUCCCUUAUAAGGAACACAAAGCUCUCACAGGCACAGCACGUUAUGCCAGCAUCAACGCCCACGCCGGCAUUGAACAGUCACGGCGUGAUGACUUAGAAUCUCUCGGUUACGUGUUGAUGUAUUUUCUUUCUGGUUCUCUUCCUUGGCAAGGUCUGAGAGCGAACACCAAGAAGCAGAAGUACGAGCGAAUUCACGAGAAGAAGGUCUCCACGUCCAUAGAGACCCUGUGUCGCGGUUUCCCGCCCGAAUUCGCCCUCUACCUGACGCACUGCCGUGGCUUGCACUUCGAGGAGACGCCCGACUACAACCUCUUCCGCAGCAACUUCCGCGCACUCUUCAAGGCCCUCGCCUUCAACUGGGACUUCGUCUUCGACUGGACCCUUCUGCGCCAGAAGGCCUCAGCAGUGCAGCAGCACUCCAACGCCGUGGCGCACAACCUGCCCUCGGCGUCGGCCAGCAAGCUCAUGCCGACGUCGACGAACCACGGAACUGCCGCGGCCACGGCUGGCGACGAAACCGGUGGGAAGCUGUGA